AUGGGGCGGUACAAGGCAUACAUAAGCGAGCUUGACAUGCUUACUUACAACCAGGUUAAUUGGAGGCCAUACAUGGUACUUAGGCAGAUCCCUUUGAGCAAUAUGUGCUUUCGUGACCAACAUCUUUGGCGUGUGCGUUGCCCCAUGAUAUGCUUUUAUGUGGUGGAGUGGCAUCUUCCACAUCGUGUUUCGAAGCAAUUUGGAGUACAACAACGCACCCCGCCGGAGUAUGUUGAGACAAGUGUGGUGCUACAUAGGACGAGCCGGCAACACAACAAGAAUGUCAUUAAUUGGGAGGAUCACCAUCUUAUGUGGGUGGACAUGUGGAAUGCUCAGAGGAAUGCCCGAGUUGAAGAUGAUCACACACCUGACAACGACGAGGGGGCAUAUUUAAGGCAUUUGGAGUGGCUUCGCAAAGAGUACAGAGUUAUCCUUAAGGGUGCUUGGACUCGUGCCGAUUGUUUGGAAGUAAUACCAAGUGAGGCUGCUGAUGGUGCAUUCAACAACUCUAUUAGGGAGACCAUUGGAGCGCACCUAGAUUAUGGCCCUCUGCAUGACCGAGUGGGCACAGAGCUAUGGAGAUGUAUCAAUGAUAGUAAUGUGGUGCUUGGCCGCCCACCUGGUAGAGAAACGGACGGUCUCGUUAGGAGUACUCUACAGAAGGUUGUGAAUCGUUGCCGAACACUAGCCGCUUUACUCUCUUGCCAUGGAGGUUCAUCAACGGAUGUGCGUGCACGUGCUCAGUAUAGAAUGGAUGUUCUUUCUUCCGCUCGUCCAUCUUCGAGCCAAGCACGUGCUUCUUCCGCUCGUCCUUCUUCCAGCCGAGCACGGAUUGAUGAACAGGAAGAUGAAGAGGAGGAGACAGACUUCGAUGCGGAUCCGGACUAUGUGGAGCUUGGGGCUUCGCAGAUGGAAGAUGCUCCACAGCCAACUCAACCUUCUCAGCCUUCUCAAGAAGCACACCGAGUUAGCUCAAGGAACAUCCGACGUCCUGGAUGGCAGAACACUCGAGAGGGCUAUGCCAACAGGGGGAAGAUGGCUGCGAAAAGAGGCAAGAAGUGA